AACUUUCUGACCUGCCAACUUGUAAGCAUAGCAACAAGAAUGUUUGAAUUUCCCCUCAAAGAUUAAAGUGUUUGAACGCAAUAAUUUUGUGUAAACGACUCGAAAAUGCAAGGAUUAAAUAUGAUGGAAUUGAAGCGCUUAUCGUAUUUUUGGAUCAAACCGCAUUUGGGAAGAUAAACGAUUACUUUUUCGUGACAGUAUAUUAUUUGCUUUCCUGUGUUGGCUGUGUAAAGACAUUUCCAUGCAAGUUAUUGCAAGAAUUUCUACAAUCUCAAUAACCUCAUGGAUUACAAAUCAUCGGACCGAAGACUAAAACAGACGGGGAAGUCAAAGGGCCUGUCUGAUCACCAAAAACUGUUAAAGGAUCGCGGCCAACAACUGCCUCUCUUGAAGAAAAUCAAGGCUGCGCCUUCGUUAGGAAAAAGUGGGCUGAAAGAUCCAUUCAAGAAAAUUCCGAGUGCUAAAAAGCUUGUGAAAGACAGUUAUUUUGGCAUUCCCCAGCAUCACGGAGAGAAUAAAAGACAUAUUCAGAAGAAAUUUGACAUUUAUGACUUGAAAGAUGGUUUACCCCAUUUGCCGAAAGCAAGCAAAGACAUCAAUAAUCAGGAACAAAUUCAAUUCAAACAUGAUCACAACAAGACCAAUAAGAAAAGUGCUGGAGAGACACUGCCACAGCUUCUCAAUAACAAGACAUUAUCAAAUCAUCAUUUUAUAAAUCUGAUAAAAUCAG